AGCAGGAUGGAAGUGAGGAGAGGAAACUGGCUGACACAGGAGCCGGAGUGAGGCCCGCGGACGCGCGCACGCAGCCUGCACCAUGAGGUCGUGUCUACCUUCUACGCGAUAGGAGCCCGGGGCAGGUGAAGUUGCCGGAGAGCGAUGGCUCUGUUUACUCCAUGGAAGUUGUCCUCUCAGAAGCUGGGCUUUUUCCUGGUGACUUUCGGCUUCAUUUGGGGUAUGAUGCUCCUGCAUUUUACCAUCCAGCAGCGAACUCAGCCUGAAAGCAGCUCCAUGCUGCGCGAGCAGAUCCUGGACCUCAGCAAAAGGUACAUCAAGGCUCUGGCGGAAGAAAACAGGAACGUGGUGGACGGACCAUACGCCGGCGUCAUGACAGCUUACGAUCUGAAGAAAACCCUUGCUGUGUUACUGGAUAACAUUUUGCAGCGCAUUGGCAAGUUAGAGUCGAAGGUGGACAAUCUCGUUGUCAAUGGCACAGGGACAAACUCGACCAACUCCACCACGGCUGUUCCGAGCUUGGUAGCACUUGAGAAGAUUAAUGUAGCAGAUAUCAUUAACGGAGCUCAAGAAAAAUGUGUAUUGCCUCCUAUGGAUGGCUACCCCCACUGCGAGGGGAAAAUCAAGUGGAUGAAAGACAUGUGGCGUUCAGAUCCCUGCUACGCAGACUACGGAGUGGAUGGGUCCACCUGCUCUUUUUUUAUUUACCUCAGUGAGGUUGAAAAUUGGUGUCCUCAUUUACCUUGGAGAGCAAAAAAUCCCUACGAAGAAGCUGAUCAUAACUCAUUGGCGGAAAUCCGUACGGAUUUUAAUAUUCUCUACAGUAUGAUGAAAAAGCAUGAAGAAUUCCGGUGGAUGAGGCUACGGAUCCGGCGAAUGGCUGACGCGUGGAUCCAGGCAAUCAAGUCCCUGGCAGAGAAGCAGAAUCUUGAAAAGAGAAAGCGAAAGAAAGUCCUCGUUCACCUGGGACUCCUGACCAAGGAAUCUGGAUUCAAGAUUGCAGAGACAGCUUUCAGUGGUGGUCCUCUUGGUGAAUUAGUUCAGUGGAGUGAUUUAAUUACAUCUCUGUACUUACUGGGCCAUGACAUUAGGAUUUCAGCUUCACUGGCUGAGCUCAAGGAAAUCAUGAAGAAGGUUGUAGGAAACCGAUCUGGCUGCCCAACUGUAGGAGACAGAAUCGUUGAGCUCAUUUAUAUUGAUAUCGUAGGACUCGCUCAGUUCAAGAAAACUCUUGGACCAUCGUGGGUUCAUUACCAGUGCAUGCUCCGAGUCCUCGAUUCAUUCGGCACAGAACCAGAGUUUAAUCAUGCUAAUUAUGCCCAGUCUAAAGGCCACAAGACCCCAUGGGGAAAAUGGAAUCUGAACCCUCAGCAGUUUUAUACCAUGUUCCCGCACACCCCAGACAACAGCUUCCUGGGGUUUGUGGUCGAGCAGCACCUGAACUCGAGCGACAUCCGCCACAUCAAUGAAAUCAAAAGGCAGAACCAGUCCCUGGUGUAUGGCAAAGUGGAUAGCUUCUGGAAGAAUAAGAAGAUCUACUUGGACAUUAUUCACACGUACAUGGAAGUGCAUGCGACUGUUUACGGCUCCAGCACGAAGAAUAUUCCCAGUUAUGUAAAAAACCACGGUAUCCUCAGUGGACGGGACCUGCAGUUUCUUCUCCGAGAAACCAAGUUGUUUGUUGGACUCGGGUUCCCUUACGAGGGCCCAGCUCCCCUGGAGGCUAUUGCAAAUGGCUGCGCUUUUCUGAAUCCCAAGUUCAACCCACCCAAAAGCAGCAAAAACACAGACUUUUUCAUCGGCAAGCCAACUCUGAGAGAGCUGACAUCCCAGCAUCCUUACGCUGAGGUUUUCAUCGGCCGGCCACACGUUUGGACUGUUGACCUCAACAAUCAAGAGGAAGUAGAGGAUGCAGUGAAAGCAAUUUUAAAUCAGAAGAUUGAGCCAUACAUGCCAUAUGAAUUUACAUGUGAGGGGAUGCUACAGAGAAUCAAUGCUUUUAUCGAAAAGCAGGACUUCUGCCAUGGGCAAGUGAUGUGGCCGCCCCUCAGCGCCCUGCAGGUGAAGCUUGCUGAGCCCGGGCAGUCCUGCAAGCAGGUGUGCCAGGAGAGCCAGCUCAUCUGUGAGCCUUCUUUCUUCCAGCACCUCAACAAGGACAAGGACAUGCUGAAGUAUGAGGUGAUCUGCCAAAGCUCAGAGCUGGCCAAGGACAUCCUGGUGCCCUCCUUCGACCCCAAGAACAAGCACUGUGUGUUUCAAGGCGACCUCCUGCUCUUCAGCUGUGCGGGUGCCCACCCCAGGCACCGGAGGAUCUGCCCCUGCAGGGACUUCAUCAAAGGCCAGGUGGCUCUCUGUAAAGACUGCCUAUAG